AUGGCAGAUAUCAAUGUCGAUGUUCUCGUUAUUGGCGCCGGACCAACUGGUCUUGGUGCUGCAAAGCGUCUCAAUCAAAUUGACGGCCCAUCAUGGAUGAUCAUUGAUUCAAACGAGACGCCUGGUGGUCUUGCAUCCACAGAUGUCACUCCUGAAGGAUUUCUCUACGAUGUCGGCGGCCAUGUCAUCUUCUCCCACUACAAAUAUUUCGACGACUGCAUCGACGAGGCAUUGCCUAACGAGGACGACUGGUACACUCACCAACGUGUCUCCUAUGUGCGGUGUAAGGAACUAUGGGUCCCAUACCCAUUCCAAAACAACAUUUCUAUGCUGCCAAAGGAGGAGCAAGUCAAAUGCGUGGACGGCUUAAUUGAUGCUGCACUGGCUGCACGUACGGCCACAGAUAAGCCGAAGGACUUUGAUGAGUGGAUUGUUAGAAAUAUCGGUGUCGGUAUCGCCGACCUCUUUAUGAGACCAUACAAUUUCAAAGUCUGGGCUGUUCCCACCACAAAGAUGCAAUGCGCAUGGCUCGGAGAGCGCGUUGCAGCCCCAGAUGUCAAGAGCGUCGUCAAGAACAUCAUCUUGAACAAGACCGCUGGAAACUGGGGCCCGAAUGCUACUUUCAGAUUCCCAGCUCGUGAUGGUACUGGUGGUAUCUGGAUCGCGGUCGCCAACACUUUGCCAAAGGAGAAGACACUUUUCGGCAAGCAAGGAGAAGUUUCUAAGGUCAAUGCUGAUGCGCACACUGUUACUUUGGCCAACGGCAAGACAAUCGGUUAUAAGAAAUUGAUCACAACAAUGGCCGUGGACCAACUUGUUGAGCAGAUGGAGGAUAAAGAACUUGUUUCCCUGAGCAAGGGUCUCUUCUACUCGUCUACUCACGUUAUCGGUGUUGGACUUCGUGGAGCUCGUCCUGAGAGAAUUGGCGACAAGUGCUGGCUUUACUUCCCCGAAGAUGACUGCCCAUUCUACAGAGCCACCAUCUUCUCCAAUUACUCUCCAUACAACCAGCCAGAAGACUCGGUCAAGUUGCCAACGCAGUACCUCGCCAACGGAAGCAAACCUAAAUCUAGCGAGCCACAAGAAGGCCCAUACUGGUCUAUCAUGUUGGAAGUAUCCGAGUCCUCCAUGAAGCCAGUCAACCACGAUACUCUUCUCAAGGAGACGAUUCAAGGGCUCAUCAAUACUGAGAUGAUCAAGCCCGAGGAUGAGAUCGUUUCUACUUACCACCGCCGCUUUGACCAUGGUUACCCAACUCCCUCGCUUGAGCGUGAGGGUGUUCUCAAGGAACUUCUCCCAAAGCUACAAGCCAAAGAUAUCUACUCUCGUGGACGCUUUGGAAGCUGGAAGUACGAGGUUGGUAACCAAGAUCAGAGUUUUAUGCUAGGAGCUGAGGCUGCUGGUCAUAUUGUAUAUGGAGCGGUGGAGUUGACGCUCAACUACCCAGAUCUCGUCAAUGGCCGCAAGAAUGAUGAACUCAGACUUGGCACACUCAUGAAGGGAACUGCUGGAACUACUAAGAGCAAUGGUACAAAGGAGAUUCCUACCAGAGAGAGGGCAUCUUCUAAGGUUCAGACAAGUUCCCAUGCCAGGAAGUCGUCCAAGAGCGUCAAGUAG